UCAUUGUCUGUUAAUUUUGAAGACCAUAAAAUGUUCUUGAUUGGUACAUCAACUGCCACCAUGAAUAUCCAAUUCGACAGUGUAAGAAAAUAUUCAUCCUCACUAAAAAUCACAGCUUUUCUUCUGCUGGCUAUGGUUAAUUCAGCUUCAUCCAUGACUACCAAGUGCCCAUUUAGUCGUAUAUUCCUCCUCGGCGACGGUUUCUCCGACAUCGGAACCUCCGCCAAUGUUGUCCCGGGCCUUUCCAUUCCAUCAACGAGGUUUCCUUACGGUAUUACCUUUCCGGGCACGCCAAACGGCCGCUGGUCUGACGGUCGUGUUAGUACAGAAUUUGUCGCUCAAGAUUUCGAACUCCCGGAUAUUAGACCUUAUUUUCCCGCGAAUAACUCGCUUAGAAAUAAUGGAGUUAUCUUUGCGGUGGCAAGAAGUCCCGUGCUUGAUCUUGAAUUUUUUAGGUCAAGAGGGGUCGAUUUUCCACCUUACGCCGUCCCGUUGAAAGUUCAGCUGCAGUGGAUUCGAUCGUAUCUGAACUCCGUUUGUUCGAAUUCUACAGAUUGUAGCGCAAAGAUUCUUCAAGAUUCGCUUGUAAUACUCGGAUACGAGGAUGGUAAUGACAUCGGCUAUCCAUUGAGCCAGGGCAAGUCCAUCGAAGAAGUAAAAGCUUUUGUGCCAUUAAUCAGAAAUACAAUCAUUGAUGCAGCUAGAGAGUUGAUCAAGAUGGGCGCCACACGAGUGGUUAUAACGGGUAGCAAUCCACUCGGAUGCUUCCCGUAUAUUCUAACAGCAUUGGACAACUCUAGUUUAGCCGCAUAUGAUCCUUUAGGAUGUUUAAAGAGCGUAAACAAUCUUAUUAUAUCAAAAAACAAUGAUCUUAAUCUAGCCGUCACAAGACUUAGUCUCGAAUUCCUUAAUGCAACUAUCUUAUUUGCCGACCUUUAUACACCUCUACAAACUAUCAUCAGUACAACGGCUCUUUUGGGCACUAAUCCAUUGAAAGCUUGUUGUGGGAUUGGAGGGAGGUACAAUUUCGACGAAAAUAGGUUUUGCGCAAGCCCGGGAGUUCCCUUUUGCGCCAAUCCAAAUAGGUACAUUUUUUGGGAUGGCUUACACCUAACACAAGAAACUUUCGAUCGUAUCACGAGCGUGGUUCUUCCAGUUUUUCGUCCGCUUCUCAAAUGUAGAUUAAUUUAAAUAGUUUAAGAAUCAUGUUCAUGUAUUGUUGUAAUAACAGAUCCAUGUGGUCAUCUAAAGCCAUAUAGCAAUCGCAUAGAUUUUUAUUAAAUCACAUUGCUUAUAUUGUUAUAAUAAUAAUUUAAAGUGACUUAUAUACAUUUGUGUAAA